AUCAGAAAUUAUCCUAGAAAAUGAAAUAACCUUAAGAUUGUGUUAUUCCUCCUUCACCGCCUGGCCCCAAAACUUUUCCCUUCCCUUUCCCUGUUUCUCGGCUCCGGUGACCUCUACCUCGCCGCCGCCGUUGGCUGUCCUCGGGUGCUCACUCCACGACGUUGCUCUCGGUUUCUGAUACUGUGGAAGAAGUAGUGGACUCUAUUUAGACAGAGGAACGCGCUUCAUAGGUCACCACCGGCUUCUGAGUCUCAGAAUCUGAGAGAUUGUGGUGGAGAUUCAGGAUGGCCGGAGCUGAUGCUGACAGGCCCACUAGAGAAAUUUCAGGUGUGAAGAAGAAGGUGGUGAAGAAAGAGACUGGUUUAGGGCUUGCAAAUCGAAAGGCGGAAAACUUUGGGGAGUGGUACUCUGAGCUAGUUGUACGUGCGGAUAUGAUUGAUUACUACGAAAUAUCUGGAUGCUACAUCCUUUUGCCGUGGGCAAUGUCAAUCUGGAAGGUGAUGCAGGACUUUUUUGACGCGGAGAUAACAAAAAUGAAAGUUGAAGCCUGCUACUUCCCCAUAUUUGUGCCUGAUUACUUUUUGCAAAAGGAGAAGGAUCAUAUUGAAGGCUUUGCGCCAGAGGUUGCUUGGGUGACAAAGGCCGGGGGUACUGAUUUAGAAGCCCCUAUUGCUAUUCGCCCAACCAGUGAAACUGUCAUGUAUCCAUACUACUCUAAGAAGAUAAGGGGACAUCGUGAUUUGCCUAAGAAAUUUAACCAAUGGUCCAAUGUUGUCAGAUGGGAGUUCAGUAAUCCCAUGCCAUUCAUCAGAAGCCGGGAAUUUCUUUGGCAAGAAGGGCAUUCUGCUUUUGCAACGAAGGAGGAAGCAGAUGUAGAGGUCCUUGAGAUAUUGGAGUUGUAUAGGCGUAUAUAUGAAGAAUAUUUGGCAGUUCCUGUCAUUAAGGGUAAGAAAAGUGAGCUGGAGAAGUUUGCUGGUGGACUUUACACCACCAGUGUUGAGGCAUUUGUUCCAAACACUGGUCGUGGUAUACAAGGUGCAACUUCUCACUGUCUUGGCCAAAAUUUUGCUAAAAUGUUUGAGAUAACUUUUGAAGACGAGAAGGGAGAGAAAGCAAUGGUCUGGCAGAACUCAUGGGCCUAUAGUACUCGAACUAUUGGGGUGAUGGUGAUGGUUCAUGGGGAUGACAAAGGGCUAGUGCUGCCACCUAAAGUUGCAUCAAUCCAAGUCAUUGUGAUUCCAGUGCCGUAUAAAGAUGCUGAUUCUCAAGGUAUUUUUGAUGCCUGUUAUGCUACUGUGAAUACUUUGUGUGAAGCAGGUAUUCGUGCUAAGUCAGACUCUAGAAAUAACUAUUCUCCUGGGUGGAAGUAUUCGCACUGGGAAUUAAAAGGUGUUCCCCUAAGGAUCGAAAUUGGGCCACUGGAUUUGGCAAAUAAGCAGGUGCGGGCAGUUCGACGUGAUAAAGUGGAAAAAAUAGACAUACCCAGGGAUGAUUUGGUCAACCAAGUCAAAGACAUGCUGCAUAGUAUUCAACAAAACCUAUUUAAUGUUGCAAAACAAAAACGAGAUGCUUGCAUUCAGGUUGUACAUACUUGGGAUGAAUUUGUGGAAGCAUUGAGCCAACGGAAAAUGAUAUUGGCUCCUUGGUGUGAUGAGGAGGCUGUGGAACUAGAAGUGAAAGCAAGGACAAAGGGUGAGAUUGGAGCAGCUAAGACCCUUUGUAGUCCCUUUGAUCAACCAGAACUCCCUGGAGGUACCAAGUGCUUCGCAUCUAGUAAGCCUGCAAAGAAAUGGACUUACUGGGGCAGAAGUUACUAGAUCACUGGCUCCUGUUAAGAAAUGUUUGUUACUGGAGUGUUCUGUUCUGGAUUGCUUGGGUUCACAAAAAUGAGUUACUUUACUUGGGCAUGUGAAAAGUUUAUUUAGCUACAAUUGAUUCCUGAGUUUUUAUUCUAGACUGACUUUUUUGUUAAAUUCGUGAGUAUUCUUAGAAUUUUUUUAUAAAAAAAAUUAUUGUUAGGCCAUCCCUUUCUGUGACUACAAAUUAAAAGGAUGGGAUUUUUUUUUUUUUAAUAUGGUUUUGGAUUUAGGCUCAUCCCAAUGGACAAUGGUGGAGAUUUUGUUUAUUUUGGUGUUCAGCAUUUCAAGCUGAAUAAUGGGGUGUUCUUGUGGUGGAAUGGUGGUCAUAGAAGAAUCAUUCUAGAAUUGGACUCUAUCAGUUGUACAGAAGCUGCAGAAAGUGAGUAGUAUUGUAGUGGAUCAAAUUUGGAAAUGGUCGGAAAAGGAGUGGGAGAUUCCUUAGCCAAAUUGAGUUUUGAUCUUGGAUGUGGCGCUCAUGUAUUUCGCCACGUGAUUGAUACUCUGAGGACGUGGCCUUGGGUUUGAGCAGUGAGGAUUGCUGCUUUGUUUUGUUGGUUUUGCUGUUUGUUUGGGCCUCUUUCAUGUUCCCAAAAAACCUAUUUGCGAUUUAUUUGUAUGCUAUACCAGAUCUUGAAUCUCGUGGAUGUCA